AUGUUACUGCCGUACGUGCUGCUCUUUCUGCCUGUACUCGCUGUGCUGGCGCAGGAACCGUCGCGAUCGAUGAAGACGCUGGACCGCGAGCGGAUGCUGCGGAGCGCCGACGGCGCCAGCGACGCCCUUGACUGGAUCGGCGAGAGUUUCCUGGACGUCGUCGAUGCGUUUCUUCCAGCUUCGAAAUUACGCGGCACAGAAGAGCGCAAGAAGAAGCUCAAGCUGAACAAGUAUGUCUUGCCGUUGAUCGUUGGAUUCGUACUGAUCAAAUCGAUCCUUCUGCCGAUCGCGUUAAAGACGCUGGCCAUCCUGAGCGGAAAGGCCGUCGUCCUGAGUUUGAUGAGUCUGAUACUGGCAGCCAUAAUCGGAUUGAAAAAGGUCGCCCAGAAGGAAGGCUACUACGACGGGAAUAAGCACAGACGGCAGGACACAGUAGGACAGUUCGAUUUCGUGACCGACCCGCAGGAGUUCGAGCCUUACAGAUUUUACAUUACAGAACGUAGAUAGAAGCAAGAAGAAAUUAGAAACUAUGAAAUUCCUUGUCGGUUCCUCUGAAAUUGUCCUCACUUUAAUAUUAAUAUUUGGAGCAUCAGUAAUCCUAAAUCAGAAAAAAAAGAGAUUACGUAAAAAUCAGGUUAAUAGCUAUUUUAUAUAAAAUUUAAGUCUUGUAUGAAAAUUAACAGUAAAAUUUAUUAUUUAUUAUUUUGUAUUAUUUAUUCUUAGCAUUAAUCAAAUUUUUUAUUUAUUUUGUCUAAUUUAGUUAAUUUGUUCAUCUUAGCAUCUAAGUAUACGAUUACGUAAAAAUUGGAUAUUGUAAAUACAACAAAUAUAAAAGAAGCACAAUACCUUCGUACAUAAAUCGUUGUCAAAGUUUACCAAGUGCUGUAAAAGCUUCCUCUUAUCCGAAUUACCGCCGAUGAAAGAGAAUUUCACGAUGAACAUUGUGCUACCGCUCGUGUUAACUGUGCUAAUUGCGAUAUAAUCGACAGUACACAUUUGUGAAAGUUUCAGAAGAAGACGAUGAUGAAGCUUGUAAACGGGAAUGCACUCUCGGUGCAGCGUUACAAAUACACACAGUUUAUUUCCUUGCAAUUCGUUUGUUGCAUCUCGACAUUAACAAGCACAGUCCACGUCGUUUUUUAAGAUGAGUCAUCCGCAUGCAUCCAAGCUCAUUUCACUGGUAUGAUGUAAGAAUGGGAGAAAGUUUCUUGAUUCCGUGGAGGAACCAGUUUCUAAGCAACGUGACUUUUUCCCAGUGACUGUCAAAGUUAAAUUGUUCAACAGCAAAAGGAGAAAUUUGACAUUGCUGUGCAAUUACAAUCCAAUGAUUCGUCAUAAUCAAGAUACAAAUAAUACAUUAUUAAUUUCGAGAAAAUAAAAUAUUAAAAUUACUGUAGAUAUAUAUAUAUAUUUUUUGUCAUUGCAAAAUUGUUAUUAUAUUGUUUGUCCUUUCGGAGUCGGUGGUUUUUGACGAUUACGAUGGAAUACAUCAAUGCGAACAAUACAUCGUGCGACAGAGGAUCGAGAGAAAGCGAGAAACGAAAGACGUCAGUAAUACAUGUGAAGAAUAAGACGGGAAGAAAUGAAGAUAAGGCUGGAACUCUGACCCGAAUAUAGGACGUCGACCCUCGAUUCUCCAAAUCCUAUGCACUCGGAAACGCCCUUCAAGGGUCUCCAUGCACGCUUCGAACACGAGCACUUCGACGUUGCCUCACUUAUAAUUUUUAAUAUCGUACUGGCAAUUAUAAUUACUGGCUAUCAAUCUAUAACUAAAAUUAAUUGAACAAAUGCAUCAGCCAUGAUGACAAUCAUUUUCUGUAAUCUUAUAAUUAGUAGAAGAAAUUACGAGCGUUCUCCGAAAGGGAAACGUAUUUUUUUGAAGACGUCGAUGGAUUCGUCACGAGUGAGGAUCGCCGUAUGAAUCUCAUCGGAAGAUUACCACGUUCGUUGUAAUAGGAAGUAACCGGCGCCCAUGGUACUCAUAACCCAGAAAAUUAAUCGCAAAACUGUCUCCGUUCCUUCCGCAAGGAACGGAUACCGUUAAACGAAGAUGACGAAGUCGCCCGGGUACCUGUUAAAUAUUUAAAGAGAUCCGUGUGGAGCACAAUGGAAUACCUCGCGCGAAUAAGUUAUCUGCUACCUUUCCAAAGUGGUCGUCAUCUGCAAGGCAGCAUCAAUGACGCUUUUACCAUGGAUUAUUGUUUCGUCAUAUGACACCAAUUUCUCUCAAUCCGGAAUCACGCUUAUUCUUCGAGUGCUGUUAAUAGAAUCGUGUUCAAUCAAAGUCGCCCAAAUCAAGGAGAGACUGCAAUUAUUACAAUCAACUGUUCUCCAUUUUUCGAGAGUGUGUUAAGUGUCACGCUGAUAUAAUGAUUUUGAGAUAAAUUGAGAUAAAUAAGGAUAUGAAAAGUAAACAAACGAAAAACAUUUUAUUAGCUUCAGUUAUAUCAGAAAACCCGUCGAAGACGUAAUCUUCACGUAUUACCGAUGAGCGUGUCUCUGGGUCAAGGCAAGCAGCUCUUGGUGCACGUGGUUAUAUGGGAAUGCAUUGGUCUACUCCGCGAGAGAAGCUGGGCCAUGGUGUCUCGAUCGUCCCAAGGAGAAACCUAAAUUCAAAUCAGUACGUUAUAGAAUAUUCAUGAAGAAGCUGAUGCUUUAAAUUGCCUCGAAUUUAUUAGAAAUUCUCUUUUAAUUGGAAUAAAAGCGUUUUACAAUUAAGUGUGCAAAAUUGAGUUUGUUCUUAUUGUCAGUCGGAAGGAAAAUUACGACUGUCGGAAACCAUUUGCAUUAGGCGUCGCCUAAAUGCACGCGCACACGUUACCCGUAAAAGAAGACCGUGAAGCACGUGCAGCAGCCGCGAAUGACGUCUAGAACGAAGGCGCGAAAUGUAUGUAAACCUGUCAUCAUCGUUGUUGCCGCUUCUCCAAGCAGUUUGCGGCACACGAAUGUGUUAGGAAAAAUUAGAAA